UUUCAGGAAAAAAAAAAUCUGUGAUUUCUCAAAAUUAUAAACUUUUAAUUUUUGCGGUGAACAUAAUGUUAAGUGGUAACUGGUAGUUGGUUUAUUGUUAUCACGAUCACACAAUCUUUAUCACCUAUCUGUUAUCAGUUAUUUAUAUUUAAAAAUAUAAUAAGUCACUAAACUUUUAACUUAGACAAUGCACUAUAAUAGUCUACACUCUACAGUAGAACUUCUAAGUGCAUUAUACAGUUCAACAUUUGAACAGUGAAUACUAUUAGUAGUACAAUUUAGCUCAACUGUUCAGUUGUAAAUUGUAUUAUCAUGAAUAGGAAUUAUGAAUAUGAAAAAGCCUUGUGGAGAAGAAAAAUGAUAAUAAUUUGUGCAAUGAGACUACAACUGGCAAAGAGGAAUUCCAAAAAGAGAUGGUAUGUACGGCCAAUUUUUCAAGAAAGAAGGAACUUGGGUCACCACACUUUAUUAGUUGAAGAAUAUAAACUUAACAACUCUGCUAAGUUUUAUAAUUUUAUGAGAAUGAGUUCUUCCAAUUUUGAAGAUUUACUUAGUAUGGUUGGUCUAUUAGUGUACCGAAUUCCAACACGACCUGAUGUUUUGUCUCCAGGCGAAAUUUUGUCUGCAACUAUAAGGUAUUUGGCUAGUGGUGAUAGCAUGUCAAGUAUUAUGUAUGCUUUCCGAAUAGGAGAAUCAACAGUGUCAAUUAUUGUUAGAGAAUGUUGUUUAGCAAUAUGGAAAGUCUUGAAAAUAAAAGUUUUAUUUACCCCAAGUACACAAGGUUGGAUACAAAUUGCAAAUGAAUUUCAUAAUAAUUGGAACAUGCCUAAUUGUAUAGGCGCUAUGGAUGGAAAACACGUUGUACACCAGGCAUUUGCAAAUACUGGGUCCGUGUACUACAACUAUAAAGGUUCUCAUAGUAUAGUGCUUCUUGCUGUUUGUGAUGCCGAUUACAACUAUUUAUUAGUUGACAUUGGUGCACCAGGUCGUAAUAGUGAUGGAGGUGUAUUUAGGCAAAGUACUUUGGGUAAAAAAAUUAUUAAUAAUGAUAUUAAAUUUCCAAACCCCCCCACAUCGGUCCGGCAGAUUAAGCCGGGCUCGCAGAUGUAUUGA